AUGCGUGCUUCUAUCUUCCUUUCUGAUAUCCCCGUUGUGCUGAGGAAUAAGAAUGGGACGAGAGCUGCCAAGCUUCGUGCUAUUGAUUUUGCCGAGCGUCAUGGUUAUAUCAAGGGUGUUGUCAGGGAUAUCAUCCAUGACCCUGGUCGUGGAGCUCCUCUGGCUCGAGUGAGCUUCAGAGAUCCUUAUCGCUACAAGCGUAAGACUGAAACUUUUGUAUGUGCCGAAGGCUUGUACACAGGCCAGUUCCUAUAUUGUGGCAAGAAAGCUACACUCCAGGUUGGCAACAUCCUUCCCUUGGGUGCUAUGCCUGAAGGUACCAUUAUCUGCAGUGUUGAGGAAAAAACUGGUGAUCGUGGUAAGCUGGCUCGUGCAUCAGGCAAUUAUGCCACUGUUAUUUCUCACAAUCUAGAGACAAGAAAGACCAGAAUCAAGCUGCCCUCUGGUGCCAAGAAGAUUGUUUCUUCAAGCAAUCGUGCCAUGAUUGGUAUCAUUGCUGGUGGUGGGCGUAUGGAUAAACCUCUGUUGAAGGCUGGACGUGCUUACUACAAAUACAAAGCAAAGAAGAACUGUUGGCCCAAAGUUAGAGGUGUGGCUAUGAAUCCUGUAGAGCAUCCUCAUGGUGGUGGUAACCAUCAGCAUAUUGGUAAAGCCUCUACAGUUAGAAGGGACACAUCAGCUGGUAGAAAGGUUGGUCUUAUUGCUGCUCGUCGUACUGGUCGUCUCAGAGGCUCCAAACAAACAACUGGCAAAGCUGAAAAGGAAUAA